AUGUCCCUGAAUACCAAGAAGGCGCAGUGUGGCAGUGUUGUGGAGUUUGAAAGCGACGACACUAAAGAAGAAUGGGCAAAAAAGACAUGGAGUGUAACAGGAUCAGCUUUGAUCUACCUCAAGGGCCCAAAGUUUCCAAUUUACGUCAGUGGUGCAUUGUCCAUGUGGGGCGACCGCAUGUGGCACUUUGCAAUUUCUGUGUUCCUUAUUGAGCUUUAUGGGCAUAACCUGCUUCUGACUGCUAUAUUCGGUCUAGUGGUAGCAGGUUCUGUGCUGCUGUUUGGGGCUUUGAUUGGUGACUGGGUUGAUAGAAAUCCAAGAAACAAAGUUGCACAUGCAUCCUUGUUCAUUCAGAACAUAUCCGUCACUGUCUGCAGCAUUGUGCUGAUGUUGGUGUUUUCUUACAAACAGUGGAUUGAACACAUUUGGGAUGGCUGGUUAACUGUGGUUUGUUAUACGGUGGUGAUCAUCCUGGCAGAUGUGGCGAACCUUGCGAGCACGGCCCUGACCAUCGCCAUUCAGAGGGACUGGAUCGUCGUCAUCACAGGGUACAACAGAGGACACCUUGCGGAGAUGAACGCCACCAUGAGGAGAAUCGAUCAGGUGACGAACAUCCUGGCUCCUCUGGCAGUGGGUCAGGUGAUGACCUUGGCCUCCAAUGUGGUUGGUUGUGGUUUCAUACUUGGCUGGAACCUGGUCUCUUUGAUGGUGGAGUUUUUUUUCCUCUCGAGAGUCUAUAAAAUAGUUCCAGCCUUGUCUACGAAACCAAAGCCCAAAGAGUGUGAAGAUCAGCUUCAGUGUCUGGAGAGGCAGAUAGAAAUGAUGAACCUACAAGGUGAUCUCCGGGUUGCCGAGGUACCUGAAUUUACAGAAGAGAACUGCCACAUCAGCUUGCAUCUCAAAGAAAUCACAAGUCUUCCAUUGUGCCUGAGAAAGCUUAAAUGGCUGCUAAGCACCUGCAAAGAUGGCUGGAAGGCUUAUUACAGGCAAUCUGUGUUCCUGGCUGGCAUGGGCUUAGCCUUUCUCUACACCACGGUCUUGGGGUUUGACUGUAUAACGACUGGGUACGCCUACACUCAGGGGAUCAGCGGGUCUCUGCUCAGCCUGCUCAUGGGGGUCUCAGCUGUGACUGGACUCAUGGGCACCAUCAUGUUCACCAAGCUGAGAAGAGUCUAUGGCUUGAUGACCACAGGGAUCAUAUCGAGCUGCCUUCACCUGGCAUGCCUGAUGCUUUGUGUGUCUUCUGUCUUUGCACCUGGCAGCCCCUUGCACCUCAACAUGUUGUCCCCCUUUCCGGAUUCCAAUUCCUCUGCUAAUGAGGGUAAUUCAGGGCAGAAGGAGCUGCAUGCAUUCAGUCUCCGAGGCAGUGUCAACCAGCCCCUGUUACCAGACCGCUCCUCCAUACACUGGACCAACAACACUGUGCUGUUUGAGCACGUGCCCUCGGGAAAUGCCCCAGACUCCUACAUCUCCAUUAUACUGCUCUUCCUGGGGGUCAUUACUGCAAGAAUCGGCCUGUGGUCCUUUGAUCUGACUGUCACCCAGCUUCUACAGGAGACCAUACCCGAGUCAGAGCGGGGGGUGGUGAACGGGGUCCAGAGCUCCAUGAACUACCUGAUGGACCUCAUGCACUUCAUCAUGGUGAUAUCCGCGCCCCAGCCCCAGCACUUUGGAAUCCUGGUCAUCAUAUCUGUCUUGUUCGUCACAGCUGGGCACACCAUGUACUUCCUCUAUGUUAGAGAAGCUAAAAGAAAACGCAGGCCUAAGACGUAAAGCAGGCAAACAACAGCAAAAAAUACAUCAAUCCCAGGCCUGUGAAAUGAAUGUCUCUUUCAGUAAUGCCGGUGUUCAUAUUGCCAUGACACAAUGCAAUAAAAUCUCAGCCAUUCAUUUUCAUUCUCACACCACAGGUAUCCAUCAAGAGAAUACGCUCUAAUGCAUUAUCGGGAGCAGCCAACAAACCUGUCUGUCAACAGAGACAUAAAGUGGUGAGUCAGACAGAUUGUGCAAGUACAGUCGGCUCUGAAAUACAGCAUACACUGAUACCAUACACAGGAAACACAAGUAGUUAGAGGAUGAUUUUAGCCAUCCAUUACACCAUGCAAAGCUUUGAGGGCUAAUUCAGCAGCUAGAAGCUAGAUCAGCAAGCUCUAUUCCAUCCCAAAUCACUGUAAGUCUGCAAGCAAUGAGAGGAUACAUUAGUAAUGUUUUUGUUUUGUUCAUGACAGAACAAUGGGCUUAAAAUGAAGGGCACCAGUUUGCCUUGGUGAGUAGGUUAGUAGGAGUAAGUGUUUUGCAAGCUUAAUGGGGAAAAAAAAAACCCAAACAAGCUUUACUGAAUUCAACAAUUUAAUUUGCUUUUUAAGGUGCUUUAGAAAAUAUGAAAAGCUUUGUCCUUCGAUUAGAAACUAUGAGUAUGGAACAGAGUUACAGUAUAUAAGUAGAAGUUAUAAUUAGCAAGCAGGGCUGUAAGCAUCAAGGCACGAUUCUGAUUUAAAUUCCCUUGGCUGUGCCCCGCUUACACUCUCAAAUGUACAACUAACCACAUCAGCAUGAACUGAUAACCCACAGAUCGAUCAAUUUCAACAUUUUGUAGACCAUACAGCACUACCCAUAUACUGUAAAGUACAUCAAGACUUUAAGUCUCACCUCAAACCUAUAAAAGUAUUCACUGGUAAUAAACCCAUUGUCACACAUCAGGAUGUGCACUUCAGAUUCAAUAGAUUCAGUGUUACAUAGAGGGCAGGUAUAAAAUUGGGUUGGUUCUGCCUUUAGCAGCUUUGCCCAAUACCAAGUAUAGUAUGUUAUGAUUUUGUCAACAGUAGUGUAUAAAAACUGUAGGUGUUAUCUUAGAAAGUUAAAUGUCAGUAAAUUACAUUUAGUGACAGGAGUUUGUAUAUACGUGAUUAUCAAUCUGGUACAUGUCAUUUGUACAGGCUGGUUAUAAUGCGAAUUGGGGGCUAAACACCAUGGUGGAGAAAUAGUACAGUACAUCCCUAAUUUACAAAGAUAAAUCAUGCAACCUGUUGUCCAGCCUGGACACUGUGACAAUGAGGAGCACCAGGGCUGGCUCCAGAAAUAAUUCCUAGGGGCGUGUGGCAGUCUGGCUCGCAGUGGUGAGGUGGAUGACGUCACGGACCAGGAAGUAACUGACACCAAAACAAGGGAUGGGCGGGUGAAGCUGAGUGCAGUAGCACUCAGCGUAUUUAUUAACAAACAAAAUAUUUAAACAAAACACAAAACAAAAGGGCACGAGGGCCAAACGAAUAAACAAACAAACAAGUAAGUGUCGUGCUGGACAAUCCAGCACGUUUUAGCAAUUGUUUUUCGAAUGUUGCUCGCUCUCUCCGCUCCCCAUACUCUCCUCUGUACACCCAACCCCAAGUGCAGAGAGUUGCAGGUUUAUAUACUCUGGCCGAGGGAUUAACUAGUAGUUAAUUAUCUUAUUAUCCCUCGGCCAGAGUCUGCACGCGUUUGGUAAGGAUGCAUGACUGUCAGCUAGUUAAAUAAUCAGUAGCUGAUCAGCCAUGCAUCCUCACGGGGUUUUUAAAUAUAAUAAUAAAAGACGCGGCGCUUUUACCCGCGCCGCAAACAAAAAUACAAAUAAUAAUACAUAGAGGCGGGACACUCCGCCACACAUGCCCCCCCUUGUGCGCAGCACACAUGGCCUUUUCGGCCACCUCCCCCCUUAGUCCCCAAGUCCCGGUUAGCAGUCCCGGCGCAGGAACAGGGGCAGCAACGGACCAAAGGUGGCGGCCACGGUGGGAUGUCCUCCUCCAACCCAAACAGCCGUAGCGUUCCAAAGGCCCGCGCACCGGCCGGCUCCUCUGGCCAAAAUAUUUUUGGGGGUGGUCUCCAGACCUGCCCCCCCUUCUUCAUGGCCGGCCGCUCCCCUCCGUGGGGCUCCGGCCACCCUUUCUCCUGCAGCGAAAUUGCUGCGGGGGAAGCUGGUCUCCUGACCUCCCCCCCCUUCUUCAU